AUGUUGGCGAUGAUAAAUCGUGUUCUCGAUUGGAUUCGUAGUUUAUUUUGGCGUGAAGAAAUGGAGUUAACAUUAGUUGGUUUGCAAAAUUCUGGAAAGACAACUUUCGUUAAUGUCAUAGCGAGUGGUCAAUUUACGGAAGAUAUGAUCCCAACUGUUGGUUUCAAUAUGCGAAAAAUAACUAAAGGAAAUGUUACGAUUAAGUUAUGGGACAUAGGAGGUCAACCGCGUUUUCGUUCUAUGUGGGAACGGUACUGCCGAGGAGUUAAUGCUAUUAUAUUUAUGGUUGACGCUGCUGACGAAGAUAAAAUGGAGGCUUCAAGAAAUGAACUUUUACAGCUUUUAGACAAGCCACAGUUAGAUUCCAUACCAGUGCUUGUUUUGGCUAAUAAAAAAGAUCUUCCUGGUGCACUUGAUGAACGGCAACUAAUCGAACGCAUGAAUCUUUCUUCGAUUCAGAAUCGUGAAAUUUGUUGCUAUUCUAUAUCAUGUAAAGAAAAAGAUAAUAUAGGUACGUUUAGAAUUUUCUAUUGCAUUUGCAAAUACUCAGGGAAUUUUUAA